GCCAGCACUGCGACCAUCAUUCGCAUAAAAUAUUUCCGUAACUAUAGCCAGGAAACCAACUACCUCCGUGCGUAUCCUCCUAUAAAGGGUCUACAAAUGGCUAACGCAAUUGCAGAUGGCGUUGCUAAUAUCGUCCUGUGGUCCGUUGUUGAAUUAGGGAUAGGGCUGAGUGCCGGAUCUGUUGCUGCUCUACGACCUCUUCUUCGCUGGAUGGUUAGCGGAUCUUUGGUAGAGUCUAGAGUGACCGCAUCUAGCAGAACUCCAAUUUCAAGGCGGAGGGGAGGCGGCGAGCUUGAGCAACAAGCAUCUGCUACAUAUGGCGGAUUAUAACUAUGAAACCAAAACGGCGACCAUAACGGGCUGCUGUCACACUAUCAUCAGA